AACUCGCGGCUCGGAGUGCAUUGGCAUUCACUCGCACUGUACAAUUCUCACGUCAUCAAGUAAACAAGUUUUCCACACACGGAACACGGAGAUUAGUCGUGUUUUACCUUUUAUAACAUUUAUCCGCAGAACAUUAUUGUGAUCUGGACUUGUCAGAAAAUCCAGGGAAAAAACAGCUUCCUUUCUUUUAUUAAGAACAUAUCUUAUAGCGAAUUGACAUGAGUCGUGUACCAGCUUUGAAAUAUUAAGAAAUCAGUGCAAAGGUUAUAUUUCAUCAUAAUGGACGCAACCAUGGAAAACAAAAUGGGCCUACCACCGCCGUACGAGCAACUACCACCAAACCCUGCUCCGCCGCCAUCAUACUUCGCCAGUGCACCACAACCACCGGCCAUCGCCCCUGUGCCGCCUCGCACUGUCGUCGUCACCUCAACGAAUGAAACAAACCCUACUUCAAUAAAGCUGGGCCCAGGUCGUACGGGCAUUAUGUGCCCCAACUGCCACCAGUCCAUCGUGACUAGAGUCCAUUACGUGGCUAACAAUCGGACGCAUAUCGUAUCAGCCGGUCUUUGUAUUAUUGCUGGAUGCUGCUGUGGUUGUUUCAUCCCAUACUGUAUGAAGUCCUGCAAAACAGCAAAUCACUAUUGUCCGAAAUGUAGAGCCUUUAUCGGUUCUCAUAUACCUUCGUAAUUCAUUUCAGCCUUGAUAUCAGCUAAUAUUUUGAAAAUCUAGUAGGUACUUAUUACGGCUAAUGUUUUAAAACUAGUGGCGAAACAUUUCGAAUUUAACUUGUACUUAAAUCUUAAGUAGGUAUAAAAUUAUGAAACAUCUUAUAUUAUCUUCAGAGAUAUUUUUGGGGUGUCAAGACUCAUAUAUUAAAAUCGUUUUUGACCUUAUUUUUGCAUCACUUGCAUUUUUAAGGCUUUUCUUUUUUUUAAAUAAGAAAAUUAUUAUUAUUAUUAUUUCAGAAACAUCUCCCAACAAAAUAACCCAUUCAAUUACAUUUAACUUUCAUUAAGGUCAUUUUUGUCUUUCAGUGUUAUAUGUAUUACAUUGAAACAGUUUUGAUUGUAUUGGCAAAUGGGAUUCACACAUAGUAAAGUUGAAUAAUUAUAUCAAUAAGAACUACUUAUACAAAACAGGGAUCAUAGUCCCGAUUCCCGACAGAUAUUGCGUCGCCAACGAAAUCAAUAAAUGAUUUUAUUUGCCACUUUAGACUAAGUAUAAUUAGUUUAUAAACAUAAUAUUAUAAUAUAAUUUUUAAUGGUUGAAGGUACACAAUACUUAUACACCGAAAUUUAAUUGUAUUUUAUUAUUUAUAUAAAAAACACAAAUUUCCUACAUUAAAAGUAUAUGUGAAUACGUAGGUACUUAUAUACAACUUUUCUGUGAUAUAUUUUGUGUGUGUAUAUCAACGUGUUUACUUUUUAGAUAAGUAUCUAUUUGAUUAAGAUAUACAUAGGUACUAUUUAAUACGUUUUAUUAAAUCCUUUUAAAAUGAUAAA